ACCCGACACUUUGCCAUGGUCAGGUUGAAAUGGAGAAUCAGUGGCAGCUUUGAGCAAUUCUGACAGGGGAGAGAUCAUUUCUGCAAGGCUCUGGUUUCUAUUUUCCGCAAUUCAGUAUUAAUAAUGACAGCCAUGAGAGCUCUUCAGGCUUCGAUUCCCUACAAUCUAGGCUUUGGCGCGUCAUCCGCCGUGGCCACUCCCCGCACGCGGCCUACUUUCACUCGCCGCCGCCUUGCCGUCUUCGCCGCCGCUGAACCGUCUGAGCAAUCUGUUGAAAUAAUGAGGAAGUUCUCGGAGCAGUAUGCCCGGAAGUCUGGAACCUACUUUUGUAUGGACAAAGGGGUCACUGCUGUUGUUAUUAAGGGACUGGCAGAACACAAGGACUCACUGGGUGCUCCGCUCUGCCCCUGUAGGUACUAUGAUGAUAAAGUUGCAGAAGUGCAGCAUGGCUUCUGGAACUGUCCCUGUGUACCGAUGAGAGAGAGGAAGGAGUGCCAUUGCAUGCUCUUUCUCACCGAGAACAAUGAUUUUGCUGGGAAAGAGCAGACCAUUUCUUUGGAGGAGAUCAGAGAAACAACGGCAAAUUUAUGAUACUUCAUCCGUUGUACUCAUGAACUGUUAGUACCAAUCAGUGAUACACAUAUUUUUAGAUCCAAGUUUUAGAGAUUCCCUCAAUGUGAAUCCAUCAAUGUGCUACUCAAAUCACCAACAAUGAGAGUGAGGUCUUGUGAAGUGGGAUGAUACAACGGCGUGCUUCAUAUUCAGCUUCUUAAUAAUCGUGUCGGGUCAAU